AUGGCAUCCCCGCCUUACGUGCCCGCUGUGAAGCGAUACGCACCAACACAAACACCGCCAAAUUCUCCGCGGAAAGCACCGCGUGUGAGCGUAUUUGCGCUUUUCGCGGUCAUUGGGCUGUAUGCUCUGGGCUUCCUGGUGUGGGGCGUGAGCCUGAGUGGCUGGUUCGUGUCCUCGUCUACGGACUCUGGCAAUAGCGACGACGUGCACUUGAGUCCACAAUUGAUGCGACAGUUGAGACGGCGACAGGGAGCAGUAAAUGGCAACACACACGAUGGUAUUGGAGUGGAUAGGAGGUGGAUGGAACAGCUACUGGACGCUGAUAGACCGCCGGACUUGCGCUGUGUUGGCUGGAAACAAACUGACAGUUGCGACCUGCAGGCGACGGAAGUACCGACAAAGAAUCGAGGUUGUGACCAGUUCGUCCAGGGCGGAAUUGGUGGUUAUUGCUUGAUGGAAGACGAGGAUACAGGGCAGCAGAUUCAGGUGAUGCACACAGCUUGUGAUACAUUGCACCCCAGUGUGACGCUGAGCUGUCGCCAUGCUGGCGAUUUUGUGGAUUUCCAAUGGGAAGUGGUGAAGGUAUCGGCAACACUUGAACGUGAGAAAAAGACUGCUGCUAAUGAGGAUAGUUUGCUCCCUAUGAAUCCGAGUGAGGGCAUAUUGAUGGUAAUUUAUCCCAAGCUACUGGUGAGCGCGUACGCGUCAAUUCGAGCACUGCGAGCGGUUAAUUGCACACUUCCAGUAGAACUAUGGUAUAUCGAGUCGGAAAUGGACAUAGGCAAUGGGAAUUCAUUGCUAGACGAUAUCCCCAAGAACUUACAGGAAGAAUAUGGUCCGUUGACGUUGCAUCCCAUUACGGAUGCGAGAGUAGCAGGAUUCAACUCGAAGGUGUAUGCAAUCAUCCACACAGAAUUCGGACAUGUCUUGUUCCUGGAUGCGGAUAAUGUCCCUCACUGUAUCCCAGACUACAAGUGUGUGGGCUGGAGACAUACCGGCAACUGCUCGCCCGAUGGACCGAGAGAAUCGGAAAAAGACCUGAACUGUGGAGGAACUGUGCAAGCUGGUGCAUCAGGCUACUGUUUACUUCGAGAUGAAGCCACCGGUGAGGAGAUUCAGGCCAUGAGAAUGAGCUGCAACUCAUUGAGGAACAGAACGACGUUCAAGUGCAGUCAGGCUGUUGACUUUGCCCGCGUGGCGCCACAGGUGAAUGCGAUUAUUGCAACCAAAAAGAGAGAGUUACAGCAGAAGAACGAAAAAGGCGAAAUGCAGUUAAGAGGAAGCGUGCGGAGCAACGGGACCGUUACGUCACUUCACAGUGCAGAGCCCACCAGAGGAAUUGUGAUGGUUGUGUACCCGAAGUUGCUGCACAGCGUCCACGCGAUCGUCAGGUUAUUGCGAGGUUACUGGUGCAAACUCCCAGUGGAGAUGUGGUUCUUGGAGAGCGAAAUGGGAGCUGCACCUUUGGAUUAUUCUCGUGUGCUGCAGUCCCUAGUGAAAGACUACGGUCCCGUUACACUGAAAGGCAUCACGGACGAUUUGGUGGUGGGAUUCACGUCUAAAGUGUAUGCUUUGGCACAUUCCGAGUUGGAUCAAAUACUCUUUUUAGACGCCGACAAUUCACCAGUGAAGGAUCCGACGUAUUUGUUUGAUACGCCGGAGUUUUUGAAGACAGGAUCGAUAUUUUGGCCGGACUUCUGGACACCGGCUAACACGAUCUUCAAUUUGAAGGCUCAGUCGCUUAUCUGGGAGCUCGCUGGAACGCCGUUUGUCGACAUGUUCGAGCAGGAGAGCGGACAACUUUUGAUUGACCGUAAACGCGCUGCAGUUGCGCUGCACGUGGCGCAAUUCCUAGCAAUGCGCGAACCGCGUCACUUCGAACGACUACGACUGUCGUACGGCGAUAAGGACCUCUUUCGUUUGGCGUGGCUUAAAACGAAUACUCCCUUCCACAUGAUCGCUACGCCUCCGGCUGCAGCGGGUAUGGUGAGAGCAAACCAAUAUUGUGGCAUGACGAUGGUGCAGCAUGAUACGAGGGGCGAAGUGAUUUUUCUUCAUCGCAACGGCAAGAAACUAUCAGGUGAAGAGGAUUUUACGAGGGAUCACACGUGGGGGCAUCUGCAAACUUUUAUCUUCCCAGAUGAAAUAAUGUCUGUGAGUGCUGACCCUGUGAAGCGUUAUGAGUUUGUAAAGAAGCACUAUAAGGUGAAUAUCUUCAAGGGAGGAAAAGAGUUUGUGAAAACACGAAUGUGCUACGGAGACCGCUAUAUGAACUCGACGCACUUUCGCCUGACACCAUGGGAAUCUCUCCCGUGGCACAAUCUCGAGGAUACACUACUGGACUAUGCUCACGAUGCAAGUCAGCUUUAGUAUAUUUGUCGAUAGCUAGUAAAUGUGAAAAUGUUUAUGUACUCUAUUGUAGUCCAAGAAGGAUUUAUCUACACUCUAUUUACCAAUAAACAAAUUAUCCAGCA